AUGGAAAGAGAGUACCUUGAGAAAUGACUAAAUGAUAUAGACAAUUCGAUUAAAGAAGAAGAGCAAGGAUUAGAAAAUCUACAAGAAGCUGCCUUAUGGCCAGGGGCAAGCACACUGUCGUUAUCGUUAUCAAUACUUAUCUAUAAGGACUAUAGAAGUUUCCUAUGUUUGGCGCUGUAAUGCCGAUAAAUUCUGAUCGGAAUUUAUCGGUUUGGUUGCACCAAAUCAAUGCCUUGGUCGGACCAAAAAGCGAUUUGGUCCGACGAACUUGGAAAGCUCCUGGGAAAAUGUCUGCGCUUUCAGCGCUAUAUAGAGGAAACCUCUAUAUCUAAUCGUAAUGCUCCCUUCACCUGCUCGUAGAUUUUUAUACGACCUUAUAAAGGUUGCUCCUCUGGAUAAGAGCGUACACUCGCACCCGGGUAGUUGAGUUAGUUGCAUCACCGUGCAGUAUGCCAACAGGGUUGCCCGCGCUUGAAAAUUCAAAAGUACUGAAUUCUAGUAGACUCUUGACCAAGAUAGAAAUCAGUAGUCAGGGCUAAACUCCUGGUUUCACGUAGGGUAAUAUUCAGGAUUGCUUAAAAAGAAUGCCACUAACAACUUCGAGACCCAUCUAUCACUGAGGCAAAAACUUGGCAUUGGAGUAAAGAUGCUGUCGGCCAACACAACACUGCUCUCUUCUCAAAAAAAGCCCCCGCCGCAUACACAUUCCCCAACACCAUCAUCUCUUCCUAAUUAUCCCCGUGCGCCCUAUGGGAUGCCAGCUACAGGAGCUAAGAGGGUGGGUUGGUUCGCCAUGCCAUUUUAAUCUCUGGCAAGCACACUGUCAGAAAUAGAAAAUGAGUCCCAAGGCUUCAGCCAUUUCUCAGAAAGCAUCACUUCAGAUGUAAAAUUACCAGUAGAAGAGCGGCUAACUUACUACAAAGCUAGAUCUCUAAGAUCAAUUCAGCAAAAGCGGCAGCAGCAAGUACAAGAAGAAAUGGACAACCUAAAAAAUCCUUUGAUUUCAAAAAGGUCGCAAAAAUUGGCCUCAAGCAAUAGAGAUGGAAAAAUUGAAGAUAGAUUAAUGCAGGAAGGGAUAAAGCAAAAAAUGCUGCAGAUUAAAAAGGAAGCCCAGUUGUCGAAAGAGGCAAAAGUUCAGGCCAAUCCAAUAAUAACUCCUUUAGCUGCAAGCUUAAAGCGGGAAGGAGACAUUGUGGACAGACUUUUUGAAUACCAAAAAAUAUAUCAAGAAAAAUUAGAAAAUAAAAAAAAUGAUUCCCCAAAAGACUCCAAAGGCAUCCCAAAAAUAAAUAAAAUCAAUGGGAUUGAAAGCAAAUAUAUGAAGCCGAAUUCCCCAAAAACAGUCUACGUGGAAACAUUUUCAUAUAAACCCGAAGUCAAUAAAAAAUCAGAAAUCCUGGCUUCAAAGUUAGGAGACCCUAAAGACAGGCUCCUGCAAAAGCCAAAGGAAAAAAAUCUUGAGGACUCUGAGUAUACAUUUAAGCCAUCUAUAAAUAGAAGAGAAAAUGACCCAAAUAAAAUUGAAUGAUGGGAGUCAUUAUAUCAGCAUGGCCAGUUUAUAAAAGAAAAAAGAGAAAGAACAAAGGAAGAAAUGGAUAAAAUUAGAGAAGAUAUUUAUGGAAGUGAUUUACUCUGAAACUUUACUCAUCUACGAAUUUUAUUAUUAUCGGUUUCGGUUUAUCUUGUGCACACUUUUAUCCAAAAUGCCAAAUAUGACUUAUAAAAUUAAGGUCAGUCACUUUGUCCAAGAUUUUAGGACGUAUAGGAGUUUUACCGCUUGUAAGAGCCGAGGAGUAAAACCCUUAGGUGGAAUAGCGCUGAGUAAAGUAUAUAUCAAGGUCAACGUGACCAGUGAAGGCUUUCUAGCUCUUUUAUUGGGGUCUUUUGGAAUACUUGCGUGGCAAGAUGGCUUCUGAUGUCAUCAAUUGGGAGUUAAAAGGGAGGUUUUGACAUUAGAGAUUAUUACUUUAAAAAUCUGAUAAUUAAUGUUAAUGACAAAAUUAGAGAAGAGACCCAAAUUUGACCUUUAAACCGACUAUAGUUACAAAAGGGCAUAAGCAAGAAAGCAAUGAAGAAAGGUUUAAAAGACUCGAAGCAUGGAGUAAGCAAAAAGAGCAAAAAAUAGAGGAAGCAAAAGCACAGAAUUCAAAUAAAGAUUUAGAAGGCUGUACUUUUGCUCCAAAAAUCAAUAAAAGACUUUCAUCGAGCAAGCCAAAAAUCGAAACAAAAGGAGUUGAUAAGUUUUUACAAAGGCAAGGAUUAGCUAAAAAGAAUAAAAAUGAAAAUGAUUCACCAAAGAAGUAUCAAACUGAGACCCGUAAUGAAGAUAUUUCGGCGGCUGAAUUUGAAAAUGCGAUGAAAGCUCUUCAUGAUGAGCUACAUUCAAUUAAUUUAAAUAUGUAA